CUGUCAGCUGGCUCGAGUCACGUGAUCGCCGUUAGCGGAAAAGCUGAAGAAAGAUGUCUGGCUCGGUGUGGCUCAGUGGAGGACAGUUCUUGUGUUUUCUUUUCUUUUUGGCUACCUGCUUAGCUCCGGGGAGCUCCACGGCACAAGUGCCGCUUCUCAUGUGGUCCAGUGACAGUUUGCCCCCCCUGGCCCCAGCCACGGCUGGCCACAUCACACCCCACGAAGAGGUGACUGCCUAUCUCAGCUCCGUCUUUGGCUCCGGCUCACACACUGUGCUGCUGUUCCUGCAGGACAAGUUGAGCAAAGAUGACUUCACCCUCUAUGGAGGAGUGUUUGGAAACAAACAGGAAAGUGCUUUCAAACACCUCGAGGCUGCGCUCCGUUCCUCGUCUUCAGUGACACUUCCUGCUCUGGAGUGGACAGGCCUCUCCGCCAUCCCCACCCUGCUGCAGGACAAGCUGGGUGUUCCACCUCUGCUUGUUGAUGCAGACACGCUUUCACACCUGAGCAUCAACACGUCUGCCAACAAUCUGCUUCUGGUCCAUCUGCCUUACUGUAGCAACUCACUCAAGACGUGCAAGGAAGUCCUAAACGACAAUGAUCAGAUUAUUGGAAACGUUCUAAGUUUCUUGAAAGACGAAGAUGUUUCAUACACCGCGAUGUACACCGGACUCCACCCAUCUCGAGCGACUGCACAAGCUCCUGUGCCAAACCAGCAAGUUGGCCGCACCUUGCUGCAAAUUGCUGAGGACGAUGCCAACCCUCCCAUAGUGUACCCCGAGUCAGGAAGUCCUUGCAUAAUGCUGUGGGCUCAGAAUCUCAGUGUCGAUACCACAAGUGGUGCUGGCUGGUUUGACCUAGCUCAACAAAGCCAUUCCACUGCGGGGUCCAUGUGCAACAGCACUAACUCACUGCUUGUGCUCAACUAUCCGAACUACACACUGAGCUUCUCCAUGAGCCAGCGGUUCUAUCCCAUUUCUGCACGUAACUGGUUCACCCUGGAUCAAGUGCAGCUGCGGGCAUUUAAUCAGACUGAGACCUUUAUUGGGUCGCGUGGCAUCUACGCCCCUGCAGAGUAUUCCUACCGCUGCCAGACUGUCAGGAGCUACCAGGAUGCACUGCUACUCCCAGCUGACAUUACAUCUCAGUGGAGGCUCGAGUUUACCGACUUCCAGAUCCAGGGCUUUAGUUUGGCCAGCGGUAACUUCUCCUACGCCAGCGACUGUGCAGGCUUCUUCACACCUGGGAUUUGGAUGGGCCUGGUCACUUCACUGCUCAUGCUGCUCAUUUUUGUGUAUGGCUUGCAUAUGAUAAUGCAGCUAAACACCAUGGAUCGAUUCGACGACCCCAAAGGUCCAACAAUUUCAGUGCCUCAGACAGAGUGAAGCUUUUCUGACAUUCACAAAUGGACUCCAGUGUCUUCAGUGCCUCCUGAACCCAGAAGAAAGCCUCCACCUGGUUGCUUUUGCAUGUGUGAAUGCUUUUUUCCUACAGGAAUCUCCAGAUCUGGUUAUCUUCUAAGGCAAAUCGUUUUUUUUUUUAAUCUUUCCUAUAUCUGCAUGUGCCACAAUUGCUGCAAUCUUUUAUGAUUUACUAUUGAGUGCAUGUGGUACAGCGGAUGUCUUCCCAAGAGCAAAUUGCACUCUGGAAUACCUGUGCUGCCAAAACGAAUGUAACUGCUGAAAACUGUGAGACCGUGUCCGACCUCAGAUCUCAUCGUUUGAUCAUUUCUAACAUAACCAGUUUAAAGUGUACUGGUGAGUUGCUGUUUAAAGGUAUUUAUUUGUGGUUUGCCAUAUUAGAUGUUGGCUUUCAUACUUCUCAGCGGGUUUGGUUUUAUUGUCAAGGAUCUCAUUCAAUUUGAUCUCUUCUUGAACCUAAUUUAUUUGUUUAAAAGAAUCUCCAACGUGUCCUUAAUUUAGUCUCGCUAUGGUUAAUCAGAUAGUUAGACAGUGCCUAAGCCUUGCUUCUGUAAAAUGUGUUGUAAAUGUGCCAUAAAGUGCUUCUGUUAAUGAUUGCAAUGAGAGAUGUCUAUGCAAUAAUAAAAAUAGAUGUGUUGAAGGUUUA